CCGGCAAUGAGCCCAUCUCCGCAACGGGUCUUCUGGCCCGGCCCUCCUUCGUCCUGCCGCCUCGUUCCAGGGGAGCUUGCAGCCGCCAUGGCCCACAACGACUCUGAAGGUCAAGGCUCGCAAGACGGUGCCCUUAGAUACGGGUCCCAGCCAGAGGGCACCCAGAUCAGCCUGUACACACAAGAGUAUCGAUCGGUCUUCGGCCCUAACUUCUCCGGCGAGCCCCUCGCCGCAAGUCAGAGCGCCUCUCAAUCGACAAACCCGGCCCAGGCACGACAGACAUCCUGCAGCCCCGAUGUUCUGUCGCUCUCGGGUUCGUACGAAGAUCCUCGUGACUCGCAGUCCUCCAUCAAUCUGGUAUCUUUAACCUUCCCAGAUUCGCAGCCGGCGAUGCCGCAGAGCCAUCUGCCGCCAGCGAGCCAGGAGGGACUGCCUCGCCCGAUCAAGCCCAAGCCCGACGUGGACGAUCCGCUCACUCUGCCCGAGCACAAGGCCAACAUGUCCUCGAUCGUUAACCAGUACAUCGAGAACGUAGAUCCUGCCAUUCUCGACCAUCCCGAGGCCCUGGAAUGCACCACUCGAGAUCAGUUUAUUUCCCUCGUCGAGGCUCUGUUCACCCAGAUCCAGGCCAAAGCCCGUGAAAACAGCGCCCUCAGAGCUCGGCUGGAGACCCUUCCCCUGUCCGGCCGUGAGUCCGAUCCCCCAGCGACAAGCAAUGCCCCGCCCACUCACAGGGUCGAUGGCGAGACUCAAACCGCGAGCUCGCACACCACCGACUCGCAGACUCAGACUAAGGUCGAGUCUGAGCCUGAGCCCAAACUUGGGCCCAACUCUUUGAGCCACAAGAAUGGUGACAAUCCAAAGCGCAGUCGGUCCGUCGCAGCCAGCGCUGAUGCCUAUGCAGUGCCUGCCCCUCCAGCCAUUUCACAGACCGACAGCGAUGUUGAUUUCCAUGAAUAUGUCCAUGCCGACAACUCCGAUGUCGACGCCCAUUUCGGUGGUAUGCUCGGUAUCCAUGGCGCUGCGGUGGAUGCAGAUACAAGCCCUGCCACCAAUUUCAAGCCCAAUGUCGAUGGACACAGGCACGAUGUCGACACUCAGUUGACAGCGACGCCUGGAUCCCGUCGUCGCAAGGAGAGGUCAUCUUCCAAAAACGAGGCGAUGCCCGUGGUCGACAAGCCCGAGACGCCCAGCCGCUCGCUGCGACGAAAGCGCACGAGCCCAACUAGCGGAAGCAAAACCGUAACAUUCGGCAGCGUCGAAGUCCUGGAAGCCAGCAAUGACGACAGCGACAACCAUAGUGAAAAGCCUGUGGCUAGACCCGCCGCCAGUCGUAUUGCCACGCCCAAACGUCGGCGAGCAAGCUCUACUAACAACCAGCCCGAAAGCACCGUCCGUCUGAGCGCUCAACUUCAUAUUCAUGAUGAGGAGCUGCAGUUACCACCGCUCUACCACGGGCUGAAGAAGGGCGACAUCUUUGUGCUUAUGCCGGACAAAAUCGAGGAGCCAGUCUGGUUUGGGCUGUCGCAUAUCGACAUGCGGUUCAAUUUCUCGUUCAUUCACACAGAGCUGCAGUUCCAGUACAUGGAGCUCCAUCCCUCGGUCGACGCCAACCCCGACGAUGCUGGCAACUGGUACUUCCGACUUUGGAACAAGCAGAAGGUGGGGUACAUCCAGUUCCGCCAGAUGGUCCCACUGAAGCCGAAAUCCGAACACAUCUUGAUCCUGCGAAAUCCCUUGGUGAUCAAUGUACCGCCCUCGGGUCGGGGAACUCGGUGCUGCUUUGUCAUCCCCGGCUACUUUUACCAGGCCGCUGUGCGAGGUGUCCAGCUGCUGAGGGAGUAUGAGCGCCGGAUCGGUGUCCGUGCCGACUAAGGCUGGCCGAGGAAAAUAUAUUGGUUGAGCAGCCGCUAAGCGGAUCUGUCUGUCGAGCCUCGGGCUCGUCAUGACGUCUGUCGGUUGGGCGGGAAAUAGUCUAUACAGUCGGUC